GCGGAAGUACUGCGUCAUCCCAACAUGGCGUCGCACUGAGCUUGGAGAUCAGAAACUAAACUAAGUCGGUCAGCUGCACGCAGUUCGCUUCGAGACUCUCCACUGCAAUUCAAACAUGUUCACACAGGAGGUAAGGUAAAUAUCCUGAAACAUCACUACAAGCCAGAGGGAGCACGGCAGCGUCCAGAAGAACAACUUUGAAGACACCUCUGACGUCGCUUUGCAUUUUCCAGCAGUGAUGUCACGGACAGAUGUUGCGGACACCACACCCUUCUUCUCAGAUUAUAAUGAGGAGGAGGUGCCGGCUGACAAUGGGGUGGGUUCACCUCAGCCCGAGGAGGAGGAGCCUGCCAGUGGAGUGUCUGAGAAGAGAGCUACAUUGACUGUGAUUGUACUCUGCUACAUCAACCUGCUGAACUAUAUGGACAGAUUCACUGUGGCAGGUGUACUUCCAGACAUUGAGCGUUUCUUUGACAUUAGUGAUGGAAAAUCAGGGCUACUUCAGACAGUCUUCAUCUGCAGCUACAUGUUCUUGGCUCCCGUGUUUGGAUACCUGGGUGACCGGUACAACAGGAAGUUGAUCAUGAGUGUUGGCAUUUUUUUCUGGUGUCUAGUGACACUUGCCAGCUCCUUCAUUGGCAAAGAACAUUUCUGGGCGUUGUUGUUGACUCGAGGGCUAGUGGGUGUUGGAGAGGCCAGUUACUCCACCAUUGCUCCCACCAUCAUCGCUGAUCUGUUUGUCAAAGAGAAGAGGACCAACAUGCUGUCCUUGUUCUACUUUGCAAUCCCAGUGGGCAGUGGUCUGGGUUAUAUUGUGGGCUCAAAAGUGGAUGAAAUAGCUGGGGAUUGGCACUGGGCUCUUCGGGUGACCCCUGGUCUGGGACUGUUGGCCGUGAUCCUCUUGUUGUUUAUGAUUCAGGAACCGAAGCGCGGUGCCAUCGAAGCUCGCCCGGAGCACACGCUGCACAGAACCAGCUGGGUCGUGGACAUGAAAGCACUCUGCAGGAAUCCAAGUUUUAUUCUGUCCACGUUUGGCUUCACUGCUGUGGCCUUUGUGACAGGAUCACUGGCCCUGUGGGCCCCUGCCUUUUUAUUCAGAGCAGGCGUCUUCAUAGGAGAGAAGCAGCCGUGUUUAAAAAUCCCCUGUGACAACUCUGACAGUCUGAUAUUUGGCGGCAUCACAGUUUUGUCGGGCAUCCUGGGCGUAGCGAGUGGAGUGCAAGCCAGCAAGAUGCUGAGGACGAGAACCCCUCGAGCUGAUCCACUAGUCUGUGCUGCAGGACUCCUCCUCUCUGCUCCCUUUCUCUAUCUGUCCAUCAUGUUUGCCCAGGCUAGCACUUCAGCCACUUACGUCUUUAUCUUCCUGGGUGAGACAUUCCUGUCAAUGAAUUGGGCCAUUGUUGCAGAUAUCCUACUGUAUGUUGUGAUCCCUACACGCCGCUCCACCGCAGAAGCGUUUCAGAUUGUGCUCUCGCACUUACUUGGGGAUGCUAUUAGCCCUUACCUCAUAGGAGUGGUGUCAGACUCGAUAAAGGAGUCGGACUCAUACAUGUGGGAGUUUCGUUCACUUCAGAUGUCACUCCUGCUGUGCUCAUUCGUGGCUGUGGGGGGCGGAGCUUUCUUUCUUGCUACGGCCGUCUUCAUUGAGAAAGACAGAGAACUGGCUGAGAACUACGUCCCCUCUGAUGACGCACCAAUUGUUGUUCCAAAGAGAGGCAGGUCCACUAAAGUGUCAGUGUCAAGUGUUUUAAUUUGAGAUGAUGCAAGAAUUUGGAUGCUUUUUAUCAUGGGGAACAACAUUCUGAUUGGCUUUGGCAGACAGAGCCAGUGCUGUCAGUAGCCAAUCCUGGAGCAGUGUCAGACAUGUAAUCACUGAUUGGACAAUCUCCACAAUAUGGAGUUUUAUAGUAAUUUAUUAUGCACAUAUUUUUUGUUAUUGUCUUUAACGCCAACAUUGAUUUUGGGUACAUUAAGAACUAACAAAAAAUCAGGAACAUCGUACCUGGAAGUCAUGUGUGCCAUCAACCAUUCUGCUUUUCACCCGGAGAAGUCCUGCGGGAGGAGACAGAGGCACACAUGAGACAUGGAACGAAGAGGUUAUGUUCUUCACUUUUAAUUAACUCAUCUAGCUACGGUUUACAUUUCGAGUACAUUUAAAGUACAAAGUUUAAAGUACAUUUUUGACCUUUUUUAUUGGAGGGGACCUGAAUUGAUUUUUUUUUUUUUUUUUUCAAAUCGCUCACUCUCAAACUGUUUUCAUCAAAACUAGCAGAUGUCUGUGAUCUGACUUUCCACUUUCUUCUUGUUUUAAUGUUUUCUUCAAUACUACAUUUGAGCUGUCUGAGUCUUUUUAGGACAGAUGAAGAAAACAAACACUAAUGUUACCAUGGCAUGAUUCAGAUACUAAUUAGUUUGAUGAUAUUUUUUUAAAUAAUGUUGUUACAUAUAUUUUUGUUGCAAUGGCCUGGUUCAUGGCAUGUUUUAAUGUGCCAUUUUUUUACUGUAAUUAUUCUUUUCUUUUUUUAAACAAAGGCAGUUUUUAGUGCAUUCCCUCUGCUGUGAUUGUUUCCCAGGGGAUACUUUUAACAUCAUUUACAAACUUGCUUGCUAAUCUUGUUUUGAAACUUUUCUAAAUAUUAAAUUAGCAAUGUAAUCUUAUUUGUGUCUUUUUGAUUUUUUUGAAUCUUUAAAUCUGUUACUCUCUUUGCCAUCUUAAUAAUGGCAAGUCCAACUUUUUUAAAACUUCUUUAUCUCUCUGUCUCUUGCAUGUUUGCGUUCUUUCUCUCUGCAGUGGCAACGAUGACGAUCAUAAGGUUUUUCAGUUGCUGUGGUUUCCUGUUUGUAGGUGGGAUAUAGAGAUGCAAGCCUGUUUGGUAAAUUUGCUGUGAAAAUUAGUCUCGUGAAUGACUUAUGAAAACUGAAGAGCCUGAAUCGAAACAUGCAUUCUCCGUGAAGUGGAGCAUUUGCUGGUUGUUGUUGUGCUUGUGAGAAUAUACUUUUACCUAUA